AUGGCUGCUGUCUCUGGUAUGGAUGCAUCAACAGUAAUUGCCACAGUAGCAGCAGCAACAACAAUUGCCACAGUAGCAGCAGCAACAACAAUUGCCACAGUGGCAGCAGCAACAGCAAUUGCCACAGUAGCAGCAGCAACAUCAAUUGCCACAGUAGCAGCAGCAACAGCAAUUGCAACAGUAGCAGCAGCAAAACAGCAAUUGCCACAUAGCAGCAGCAACAGCAAUUGUCACAGUAGCAGCAGCAACAGCAAUUGCCAUAGUAGCAGCAGCAGCAGCAAAACAGCAAUUGCCACAGUAGUAGCAGCAACAGCAAUUGCCACAGUAGCAGCAGCAACAGCAAUUGCCACAGUAGCAGCAGCAACAGCAAUUGCCACAGUAGCAGCAGCAACAGCAAUUGCCACAGUAGCAGCAGCAACAGCAAUUGCCACAGUAGCAGCAGCAACAGCAAUUGCCACAGUAGCAGCAGCAACAGCAAUUGCCACAGUAGCAGCAGCAACAGCAAUUGCCACAGUAGCAGCAGCAACAGCAAUUGACACAGUAGUAGCAGUAACAGCAAUUGCCACAGUAGCAGCAGCAACAACAAUUGCCACAGUAGCAGCAACAACAGCAAUUGCCACAGUAGCAGCAACAACAGCAAUUGCCACAGUAGCAGCAGCAACAGCAAUUGCCACAGUAGCAGCAGCAACAGCAAUUGCCACAGUAGCAGCAGCAACAGCAAUUGCCACAGUAGCAGCAGCAACAGCAAUUGCCACAGUAGCAGCAGCAACAGCAAUUGACACAGUAGUAGCAGUAACAGCAAUUGCCACAGUAGCAGCAGCAACAACAAUUGCCACAGUAGCAGCAGCAACAGCAAUUGCCCCAGUAGCAGCAGCAACAGCAAUUGACACAGUAGCAGCAGCAACAGCAAUUGCCACAGAAGCAGCAGCAAAAGAAAUUGCCACAGUAGCAGCAGCAACAGCAAUUGCCCCAGUAGCAGCAGCAAAACAGCAAUUGCCACAGUAG